AUGUUUGUUCGUAUCCUGUCUAUCGCGUCUAUCGCUGUUCUUGCCAUCGCCACGCCCCUCGCUCUGCGCGACUCUUCCAGCCAGUGCGACACCGGCAAUAUCCAAUGUUGUCAAAGCACUCAGUCGGUGGACGCGUACAACAACAACGCAACUGUGCAUGGCUUAAUCCCCAUCGUCGCCAACAUCAUCGGUGACCUCGGUUUCGGCUGCAGCCCAAUCACCGUUGUCGGGACCGCUCAAGGUGCGACCUGUCUCCAGCAGCCCGUCUGCUGCAGCAACGAGAAAUACAACGGUCUCAUCAACAUCGGCUGCUCGCCCAUCAACGUCAUCGCCUGA